AUGGCUUGCUCUACCUCGCAGUGCCUUCCACCGCUGGUGCGCAUCGCAGCCGUAGCGCUCGCAGCCGCUUCGUGCUCGUUGCUGCUCGCCUUGAGUCCGGCCAUGGCUGCUGGCGGGAAUGACGGGCUGCUGGACAUUCAGACGCUGAGACCGCGAGUGCAAGAGCAAAUUAACGAGUCGUACGUCAAGAGGGAUGGCCAGGAUUUGUCAGUGUCUGAUCUGCAAGGCGCGACCUUCAUGGAAGCUUCCCUUCGUGGCACCGACCUGCAUGGGUCUGACCUUCGAGGGGCUAUGUUCACCAAGGCUGUGCUGUACAAGGCGAACUUAUCUGGAGCGGAUCUAUCAGACGCCCUGAUUGAUAGAGCAGUACUGAAUGAUGCAGACCUACGCAAUGCUGUACUGCGAGGGGCGUGGUUGGCUCUCACUGACCUCGGAGGAGCCGAUAUCACUGGGGCUGACUUCACUGACGCCAUCAUUGACAAGUAUCAAUUGAAACAACUCUGCUUGAGGGCUUCUGGAGUGAAUCCUUUAACGGGGGCGGACACCGCAGAGAGCUUGCGGUGUGCAUCUACAAACCUGUCAAACGUCGCCACAUCAGCCAUGGAGGGCGCGCCUGCGCCGCCACGUAGCAGCGGAGCAAAUGCCGAGUUCUACCUGCCGAACUAUAGAUUAGGGAAGACGCUGGGUGUGGGGUCGUUCGGCAAAGUGAAGGUAGCGGAGCACGUACUAACGGGACAUAAAGUGGCGAUUAAGAUUCUGAACCGGCGGAAGAUUAGGUCGAUGGACAUGGAGGAAAAAGUGCGGAGGGAGAUCAAGAUCCUGCGGCUGUUCAUGCAUCCGCACAUCAUCCGCCUGUACGAGGUCAUCGAGACGCCAGCGGACAUAUUCGUGGUGAUGGAGUACGUCAAGGCGGGCGAGCUCUUCGACUACAUUGUGGAAAAGGGCAGGCUGUUGGAGGACGAGGCCAGACGCUUUUUCCAGCAGAUCGUGAGCGGCAUCGAGUACUGCCAUCGCAACAUGGUGGUGCAUCGCGACUUAAAGCCCGAGAACCUGCUGCUGGACGCCAAGGGCAACGUCAAGAUCGCCGACUUCGGGCUCAGCAAUGUCAUGCGCGACGGGCACUUCCUCAAGACGUCCUGUGGCAGCCCCAACUACGCUGCUCCCGAGGUGAUAUCCGGGCGGCUGUACGGAGGUCCCGAGGUGGACGUGUGGAGCUGCGGGGUGAUUCUGUACGCGCUGCUGUGUGGCAGCCUGCCAUUCGAUGACGAAAACAUCCCCAACCUCUUUAAGAAGAUCAAGGGUGGCAUCUAUGCUCUCCCACACCACCUAUCGGCGGGAGCGCGCGACCUGAUACCGCGCAUGCUGCUGGUGGAUCCAAUGAAGCGCAUCACCAUCCCUGAGAUCCGCCACCACCCCUGGUUCCUCGCCAAGCUCCCCCGCUACCUCGCUGUUCCGCCGCCAAAUGCUGCUGAGCAGGCCAAACGGAUCGACGAGGAGAUCUUCCAGGUGGUGACCAAGAUGGGGUUCGACCAGGAGCACCUAGCAGAGUCCCUGCGGGAGAGGCGCACCAACAAGGCGACAGUGGCCUACUACCUGCUGCUCGACUCGCACCGCCGCAUCUCCACGGGCUAUCUGGGCGCUGAGUUCAACGAACACAAGGAGCACUCCCAGCAGCACCCCUCGCACGCGCUCGCUGCUGACGGUUCCCCACUGGUGGCGGCGAGGGGCGGGUUGGGGCAUGCGCUGGUGGCAAGGAGGAGCGUUGGGAGUGGGGGAGGCGGGAGUGGUGGGCUGGGCAUGGGGGUGCCGGGAUCGCCAGCGCAUAAUCAUCAGCGGGUUGUGGCGGAUCGGAAAUGGGCGCUCGGGCUGCAGUCCCGCGCGCACCCAAUGGAGGUGAUGGGGGAGGUGUUCCGCGCACUACAAGCCCUGCAAGUGCGGUGGAAGAAGCUCUCCCCCUACGUUGUCAAGUGCCGCUGGGACGGCCCCCUCCCCUUCCCCCCCACCUCCUCCUCCUCCUCCUCCUCCUCCGGUGCUGCUCCCUCUAGCACAGCCUCUUGGGUGCAUGGGCAUGGGCAUGGGGAUGGGAUGUUGGUGGAUGGCGGGAGGCUGGACGGUGUUCGGACGAUACAGGACGAGAGAGGCCGCCCGGUGAUUCCUGUGGAGGCGCUGGUGGGCGGGGGAGUUCGGCGUUUACUGCGGUUUGAGAUGCAGCUGUUCAAGGUGCGGGAUGAGAAGUAUCUUUUGGACGUGCAGCAUGUGGACGGCUCUCACAUGCUCUUCCUCGACCUCAGUGCUGACUUCCUAGCCGAGUUACACGUCAUCUGA